UGCCGUGUCCGGCCCGUGUGGCCCCUGGGCUGAGGGCGCUGCGGGAGCGGCUGCCCGCGGUCUCCUUCCCGCCGCUGCCUCGGCAGGAGCCGCUGCCGGAGCGGCGCCGGCUCGGCCCGGUUCCUGUGGCUGGGACAGAGGGGGCUGCCUCGUCGCCGGGGCUGUGCGGGAAAAUUCACGUCGGCGGAGGUUUCUGUGCCCGGAGGAGGCAGAGGAGUCCUGUAAAAGUGACUUUAUUGCUGAGCAGAGGGAGAGGCCGUGGGGCAUUUGCCGUGCGGUCUCUGCUAUUGUUGUAGUUCGCAGCCUCCUUUUUAUCCUCGUUUUCCCGGCCGCUUCCGCUUCUCCCUCUCCCUUUGCCCACUGGCUGAGGUACUUGGAAGGUUCAGACUUCCCGACCCGCCAACUGCAUGUCCUCGUUAAUGUGCACCCCCACUUUUGUAUAAUAUCCGAUAUUCAUGGCUCUGUUAAGUCCUUGCUUUACUUGGCCAAGUUCAGGAAUUUAGCAGGACUUUGAGCAGCUGUCCGUGUCAAUUAGCAACAUAUUCUGAAACUGAUGGUUUCUCCCGUUACUUCCUUAUGUACAAGUCCCUGGCCCUAUCUCUAGGCAGAUUCGCUCAUUGACUCUUUUUUUUCUUACUGGGUCUUCUUUGCUUUAAAGAUUAUUCUCAGUGCCCUCAUUCCCUGUCCUUUUGUAGCAGUUUCUGGAUCAGGAGGCCUGGCUGCCACCUGCAUCCCCUCACUUGAAUGAGCUGCACAAAUGUAUUCAGCAUGGUAAAAAGAUGAGAGUUGCUGUAGCACAUUAGAGGAAAAACAGCAUUCGUUUAACCCAUGGUCUGCCAGGGAGCCACGAAACCGUGUCCCAUUCCCAUCCUUUCCAUGUUUGGACUGGAAUAUGAGCUACUUACUUAUUUCCUUUGUUAUCCAAUUUACCACUUUUCGGUUGUCAUGUAUUUGCCAACAGCAGUUUGAGUCAUUUAAUUUUCCAGAAACUCCUCCUUUUUCUGCUAGCAGAUGAUGUGAUCCCAUCCCCUGGUGAAAUGUUGUGUUCCUCAUUUUGGUGGAUUGGUCAGCAGGAAGGUCAGGAGCUCGAGCUGUCUGGUUGGUUAUUAUUUCGAGGACAGCUUGUAAUCUAAGGAUGCCAUUGAAACGAUAAACGGGUUCUGUGGCUCCUGAUAUGAAUUGGUUCGGGUUCCCAGGGGCUGGUCUGUGGUGUUGUAGGAUUUGUUCUGCUGGCCAUUCAUCUUUUCCCUGGUUUUGGGUGCUCCUUCCGGACAGGGCUGCAUCAAUUGACUGCUUUUCUCUAAUUAAGUCAUCACAUACUUGGAUUCCCAACUGAUUUCUCUGAAGUUGUAGUAGCACAAACACCCCAGUGCCCUAAUGCACCCUAUAUAGAAUAGAGAGUAACAGCUCAUGUUGGAGUGGACAGAAGGAUGAUUCCUGCCUGCUCAUUUUAGUGAAGUUUUCACAACAUUCUGCUUUUGCUGUUUCCCUUUGCAGCUGAACCCAUUUCUGUUUCAGAGUCAGAUAUCCUCACCACGGGCUCUGACUUGAGCUGUGGAAAUUCCAUCUGUGCAAGCAGGCAGAGCUUGGGGUGAGGGGCAGAGGGAAUCAGCCCAAUUCCUGCCCCAGGCAAGAAGACCCAGGUACAUUGUCCACACUUGCACCCCCAGUGUUAAUUUGCAUUUCUAAAGCUCCUCUCCCGGCUGCCUGGAAUGAAGCUUCUCUUCCAGGGAAGCCAUUCUGUGACUCACACUCGGCCCCCAGGAAAGUGCAGAUUUUUAUUUAAUAGUAUUCUAUUAACUGUUUAUGCACUAAAGGAUCACCUUUAAAUCUCUUCUAGUUUUGCAAUUGCAACCUAUAGGUAAACACAACAAAACCCACAACAAAAUUUUUCCAUCACUAACAGCCACACAAACACACGCACAAAAAGAAUCCAAAGCCAUAAAGAUGUUUUCUACUUCUUCAACUAAGAAUAAAAAUUGAUUCUCACACUGCUAGCCCAAACUGAACUGACAAUAUAAAAGUAGCAUUAUUAAGAAUAAGCAUUCUCAUGGUAGUAAUCUUAUUCCAGACAGCCCAGUGUGUGAGUGUACCUGAGCCCCAGAAUGGAAUUGUGCCCUUGUGCUCCCCAGCAGCUGUGGCGAGUGCAGGCCCAGAGAGCACUGAAGCUGCAGCAGUGCCAGCAAAGCUUGGCCCCAGUGGCUGGAGAUGCCAGAGGAGGGUGGGCAGGCAGAGGAUUUCAGCAGAGGAUCUGUGGGCAGGCCCAGGGGCUGGGCCCGCUGUGGAGCCCUUACUCCUGCUGGGUUGCCUUCAGGGCAGGCUCAGUGGGGCCUCCCAUGCUCCUGCUGUAGGCAGGAAGUGCAAAUCUCCGGGGCUUCAGAGCCCUGGAGCCGAGGCUGAGGGAUUCCCCCGUGUUCAGCUGUGCUGGUGGCUGUUUCUGGCCUCAGGGCCACUUGGCAUGGGCCACGGCACUUGGCCACCAGUGGUGCUGCUUUGCACUCCUUAGGCAGGAGCCGACGUCCUGGGUGGGUGUUGGGAGCAGCAAAGUCCCAAGGCAGGGUCAGUGCCAGCCCAGCUUCCUGUGGGAGAGAUUUCACAGGAGAUAGGAUUCUGGCCACAGCCUGCCUUAAAUAUACAUCCCUUAUCUCCACCCUGCACUAGGUGGAGAAUUACCAGGGUAAGGAAUUCCAGGCAUGAAUUGCAAAGGAGAUAAUUGAAUAUCUGCCCUGGGUCUGUCUCUUCUUGCCAAAGCCAAUGGCAAAAGCCCUACCCAUGGCAUCUUGGUUUCUGUCACCAGCUUCCAAAGGUGUUUCUUUUUUUCCCCAUUCAUUCUUUCUACCUGACCUGAGCUGUGGGGGUGCCAGGGGUUAUGGAGGUCCCAUUGUAUUCCUAAAGCUGCCAUAACCCCCUGAAGGAUCUUUCCUGUAAAAUGAGUUCCCCUAUCUGAGUCUAUUGCUUCCACAAUCCAUUGUCUUGGAAUUGUUUAUUUAGAAAUACCUUAAUAAGUGAUGCAGUCAUUGCUGAAGCAGUGAGAAUUGCCUUUGCCCCCCUGUUAGGUGACAUGGUGUCAGCAGAAGAUAUUGAAGCCUCCCUGCUCAGGGCAUUUCAGUGCCAGGCUCUCACAAGCACCCACAGCUCUGCCGGUUGAGCUGAGCAUGGGGCGGUGACCUGCGCUUUGUCUGAUUCCCCUUCCUUAAUAAUAGCGUGUCUUGUAGCUCUUUUCCCUUCUGCUGCCCUUGAAGAGCCAUCCAUAAACAUGGGACAUUCAUCAUGAGGUCUCUCCAGUUGUUGGAGGACACUGCUUCCUUUUCAUCCGAAUUUCCCUGGGCACAUCUCCCCUUCCCCAUUGGCUGAAGUACUUGAGAGCUACAGACUAUCCCAAUCCAGCUACUACAUACCUCAUUCAUAUGCUCCUCACUUUUGUGUAGCAAAUGAUAUUCAUGGCUCUUUGAUGUCUUUCUUGUUCUUCUAGAAGUUCAUAAAUUUGGCAGGACCUUGGCUGAGCAGCAGUCAGUGUCGUCAAUUAAUAACAUUUUCUGAAACUGAUGGCUUCUCUUGUCACUUCCUUUUGUACACGUCUCUGGACAUAUCUCUAAGCAGAUUCACAGCAUCUGUUUGUAAAGACACUUUCCUCUCCUUCCUUUCAUGGGGGUCCCCCAUUUGUGGGACAUCCCCCCUGGAGCAGGGUGUCCUCCCCUUGCUGCAGCCCCACCCCUCAGGCAGUGCUCAGCCAAUCAGAGCAUGCACUGAUGAUGACUCAGCAGUUGCCAGGCAGAUCCGCAGCUCCCAGUGUUCCGUACCGGCGUUCCCCUCUCGGCCCCAGCGCCUCCCGCGAGGGGAAUUUGGGGAGGUGGGAGUGGGGGAGCGCCAAGGCCGGGCCUCCCCGCGCUGUCCUGGCGGGAGCGGCUGCAGUGGGGACCGAGUGCGGGCGGAAUGUGCCGAGAGCCCAGCGCUGCCCCAGCCCGACCUGCCCCAGCUCCAUCCCUGCCCCUGCGGUGGGAUGCUGUGGGUUUGGGGGGAGGAGGGAGCCGGCAGUGGGUGCUGGGCCUGGAGCAGGAGGAGAAGGGAAGGAGAAGCAGGGUUGAGGAACAAAAUGGUCAAACGCUGCACGUGGGAGGAGAAGGUGGGAUUGUGCAGGAGAAGGAGGAAUAGCAGGAGGAAGAGGAGUGCGGCUGUCGUGGUUUGACACUGGCGCAAUGCCAGUGCCCCCAUGAAAAUACUUUCUCUCUAGUGUCUACUUGGAGAUGUGAUAAGAAAUAGAGCAAAGCAGGCUCCAGCUUAGGAAUGAAAAGAAAAAAACCCCUUUAUUAUCCUACAACUAUAUAUAAAGAGAAACACAGACAGAACUCAGGAUGAAAACCCUCUAAAACCACUCCUCCUCCCCCUACCAAAUUUCCAAUCCCCCUCAGAUUAUCAACCCCUCAGAUUAUCAACUCUCAGUCCAUCACCACGCUUUAGAUAAUCAAUUCUCAUUUCAUCAAGGAGAGAGGAGUCCCUCUUGUACCAUAGGCUUCACUUGGAAACACAGUUGAAACCUCUUGUGUUUCCAUGUCACACGUGGCACCGCCCGGAGAUCAUUUUGCCAUCCUGACAUCUUCCUUUCAUGUCCAGUGCUCACCACUGCGCAUGGACCAGAGCUGCUUCUGGGGUUCCCCUUUUCAGGGUGCUUUGCCCACUUCCGAAAAGAGCACAGUCUCACUUUCGGGACACCAGUUCCCCCCCCCAAAUUUCACCCCCUGAGGCCGAGGGCUCUCAAGAACAGAGACCUUCUUCUUCUUCACUGAAGAUCGAGGGCACCACAAUCCUCCUCACCUGUCGUCCCUGUUCACGCCACUCCUUCACAUCUCAUCAUUGCACUCUCUUGGCUACUAGCCAUUGCCUCUCCCCUAAAUGCAGUCUCUGUGUCACAGGAAUAGAUGGUUCUAUCAAUGGCUAUACAAGAAAAGUCCAGCCAAAGGCCACUCUAUCACCUCCUCUCACCUAGGAUUCUUCUGAACUUCUCUCAUGGCCCAUUUCCUCUUAUCUCAUCUCUGUCUCUGUUCUCAUUCAACUCCAGGAGGAAUCAGCAUUUGUAAGGUUUCCAUCAUCCAAGAAAAGGGUUAAAAGUCUCAGGCCCUGCCUGUCCAGGAACUCCCAUGGCUGUCCUGCCCUGGCUGCCCUGCCCCAAGCUGCACAAACCCCCCCCCCCUCCUUCUCUUUUACGCUGGCUGUGCUAUCAAAUUUCAAGGUGGCACAGGCAUAGACUCCAGCUCUCUCUCCCUCGGGGGAUGGGGUGGGCUGCCCGAAGCCUGUCAGGGUUCCUUCACCCUUCCAUCCUGCAGGGGUCUUCACCUCCCUUCUCUGUCCCAGGCCCGGCCUACCUCACUCAGGCUGCAUGGGAGCCGGGCAGGGCAGGUCUGUUCUCUUUGACGGACAAAGACAAAGAGACCUUCCUCCUGGAAGUUCUCAGCUUUUAACCCUCCUGUGUUCUCAGAGGUGUAUCCAUGUCCUCAGUGGCCACACCAGGUGCCAAUAUUAAAAUCUGAGCACCUAUUGGUUUGACCUCUCCAUCCCAAAAAACUGACUUCCUCUCAAACCAAGACAGUGGGGAAGAGCAGGGACACAGGAGGAUGAGGAAGAGGAGGAGAAACUCGAAGCACCACAAGGUUCCACCUCUCCCUGUAUCUGCAGCCUCCCCCCAGCCCCAGGAGCGUUGCCUUCCCACAUACAGCAGGUGACCAGGGAGGGGCAAUCUAUGAAUUUCCCUGGGCUGAAUCUUGUGUUUCUGAGCUUCAUUGAGCUAAGUGUUUGUGCUUUGUUUUUUUGCACAUGCUGAAGCUUUAUAUUUUGAAGGAGAUUUUGGCUGAAUCUUGAUGUUUGGAGAGAGAGAGAGAGCUAUUGAUCUGUGCCUUGGUGCUUGUAGGAUUUUUGUGCUGAAUCUUGAUGUUUUGGAGGUUCUUACAGACACAAGAUGCCCAGUGACUUCCUGAUAUGAUCUUGGGUGAGGAGGAACCCCCAGCCCAAGGUACUCUCAUCUUGAUGUUUCCCCCUGCAAGCCAGUAUUUUUCAUUCCCAAGGCAUAGCCAGAUGGAGGAGGCGGAAAAUCCCUGGACAUCCUGAACGAGGAUGGGCUGCAAACCCAGCCCAGGGAACUGCAGGGAGGAAAGAGCCCCCCUGAGCCAGGAAGGUGUCCGGAGAUCCAGCUGGAGCUCAGAGCUGGUAGAGAAGCCUCUUGGCAGGGAGAAGCCACACAAGUGCUUGGAAUGUGGGAAAGGUUUCAGCCACACCUCCAGUCUGAUCCGGCACCAGAGGAUCCACAUGGGGGAUCGGCCCUACAAGUGUGGGGAGUGUGGGAAGAGCUUCAGCCAGAGCUCCAACCUGAUUUGGCACCAGAUGAUCCACAGUGGGGAAAAGCCUUUUGAGUGUUGGGAGUGUGGGAAGGGUUUCAGCCACAGCUCCAACCUUAGGGACCACCAGAUGAUCCACAGUGGGGAAAAGCCCUAUGAAUGUGAGAAAUGUGGGAAGAGCUUCAGCCAGAGCUCCCAGCUCAGGGGACACCAGAGGAUCCACACUGGGGAAAAGCCUUAUGAGUGUGGGGAAUGUGGGAAAAGCUUCAGCCAGAGCUGUAGCCUAAGGGAUCACCAGAGGAUUCACACUGGGGAAAAACCCUACCAAUGUGGGAACUGUGGGAAGAACUUUCGAUGGAUCUCUGGUCUGAUCCAGCACCAGGUGAUCCACACUGGGGAAUGGCUGUACACCUGCUUGGAAUGUGGGAAGUUCUUUGGGUGGAGCUCUGCCCUGAGAAGCCACCACCAGCGCAUCCACACUGGCGAGAGGCCCUACAAGUGUCCUGAGUGUGGAAAGAGGUUUCACAUCAGCUCCGAUCUCCUCAGACAUGAGCGGAUUUACACCGAGGAGAGGCCCUUCUGCUGCCCCGACUGUGGGAAGGGCUUCAAGCACAACUCCACCCUCACCAUCCACCGGCGCAUCCACACCGGGGAGAGGCCCUACGAGUGUGGGGAGGGUGGGAAGAGCUUCUCCAGCAGUUCUAACUUGACCCAACACCAAUAGAGGCACCACUAAGGGAAGCCCCCAAGUGUUGGAAGAGCUUUGUGCGCUGCUCCAGCUCCAUCCCCCAUGGGAGGAUCUACAUUGGGUGAUCCCCAGUGUCCCCCAUUGGGCAGAGCCCUGGUGAUCCAUGGUCCAGGUGAUCCCUAUUGGGAUGACACCUGGCUGGGCAGCUCCACAUCUUCCUGGCUCCCUCUGGGCACUUGGAUGAAUACAGGAGCAUGAAGAUCCAUUGGGAUGCAGACCAACAAUGGGAAUUUUGUGGGAAAAAUAGAUUUGUUGAAUUUGAGCCCCAGAAAAUCUUUGGCGUUCAAUCCUAUUUUGUGGUAGGGUCAAGGAAUGCUGAAUGUUCUUUGAGGCAUUCCAAGAUUUUGAUUUUGCAACCUCAGGCAUUCCAAGAUUUUGAUUUUCUAUGUCCCAAGGACAACUUCCACAGCCAAAUGGUAAUUAACUGUGGGAAUGACCAAGAUUUUGGAGACAGUGGGAUGGAAACCACCAAAAAACAUUCUUCCCUCCCACCCAAGCCUGUGGAUCCUCAGCUGGCACGGACACAGAAAUCCUUUUCUGUUGGCCUUGAUUUGGUUUUCAUUUCUCUUUAUCUCUUUAAAAUAUCCAAUACUGGGAUAAAAAUAAAGACAUUUAUCUGA